AUGGACUUUACACUCGAGGACACCCAGAACUCUGUCCCAGGACUGCCCACCAUGGCCGAACAUCAGAAACUGUCCGCCAUGCCGAGGAAGGCCGAUACACAGAGCGUGACCAAGAGACUACAGUCCGAACUAAUGACCCUCAUGAUGUCUCCUACACCCGGCAUCUCAGCCUUUCCAGACGCUGACGGAAACCUGCUACACUGGACCGCAACCAUUGUCGGCCCGAAAGACACCCCAUACGCAGACCUCAACCUCAAGCUCAGCUUCGAGUUCCCGGGCAACUACCCCUAUAUUGCCCCCACCGUUCUGUUCAAGACCCCGAUCUACCAUCCGAACAUCGACUUCAGCGGUCGGAUAUGUCUGGACAUCUUGAAGGACAAGUGGAGCGCCGUCUACAAUGUACAAACGGUAUUGCUGAGCUUGCAGAGUCUGCUAGGCGAACCCAACAAUGCAAGCCCACUCAACAACGAAGCCGCUCAACUCCACCAAAAGGAUCCCGAGGAAUACCAAAGAAAGGUGCUGGCUCGCCAUCAGGAGAUUGACGACUGA